GCCCCAACAACCAGACAGUGACCAUACAACUAGCCACUUGUAGCGUAGGCCUUAGCAGGCGUCUGCAUGGCAGGUGGAGGUACUGCGCCUGCCGAUUGCUGGGCGUUGUCGUCGUUCGCGAGUCAUCGCAGAAAUUAAGAAAGAAAAUAAUCGCGUCGACGUUGUGUUAUCUUAUUACCCUGUGUGUGGACUAUACAGCACUGAUAAACGGCAAUUGCCGACUGAUAACAGCACGAUGCGGGCGUGCGUUGUUUUGGCGAGUUUGAUUCUCCUGGCCUUCGUUGUGGGAUCAACAACAGGUCAAAAUCUAAGAAAUAACACAGCAAUAUGGUGUACAACAUCCAAAGAGGAGCAAGAAAAAUGCAAAGCAUUUUCUCAAGCUGUAGAACAAGAAAGAUCUUCAUUCAGAAGCUACUACAUGCCUAUACAUUGCAAGCAAGCAUUCAACAGAGAUGAAUGUAUGACUCUUUUGGACCAAGAAAAAGCUCAUUUGACUACUUUGGAUGCUGGUGAAGUUUUCAUUGGAGGAAGAUAUCACAGUUUAGUACCAAUAAUACAAGAAAUUUAUGAAAGUGGUGUGAAUUACCAAUAUGCAGUAGCUGUUAUUAAAAAAAAUUCCUUACCUGAUGUUCAAAACAUUAGAGAUUUAAGAGGAAAGAAGGCCUGCUUUGCUGGUGUAGGAACUCUGGCUGGUUGGGUUACUCCAGUUCAUAUUUUGAUGAAAGAAGGUGGCAUGGAAAUUAUAGACUGCAAUAAUCAUGUGAAAUCAACUAUCAAAUUUUUUGGUCAAAGUUGUGCAGUUAACUCUUUAGUCAAUAAAUACAAUCCACUCGGCGAUAAUUCUGACCAAUUAUGUAAACUUUGUAUUGGAAAAAUACCAGGAGGCAAGUGCACAGAUGCUGAUCCAUAUGCUGGUUAUGAAGGAGCAUUUAGAUGUUUAGUUGAAGCAGGUGAUGUUGCCUUUUUAGUUCACACCACUGUUCAAGAAAUGACAUCCACUAACUUUGAUCUCAAUUCAGUAUCCAAAGAUCAAUUUGAAUUACUCUGUCGAGAUGGCUCAAGAAGGUCUAUUGAUGAAUAUGCCUCUUGUCAUUGGAGUGAAGUACCAUCAAGUGCAAUUGUUGUGUCAUCUGCCACUGAUCAGAAUAGAAGAAAAUUAUAUCAGAAGUUCCUUGAAGAAGCAGUAAAAAUUUUUGGAAAACGUGAUAGUAAUACACGGGAUAAUAGUGCCUACAAUAAUAAUACCACUUAUAGUUGGAAUAAUGGUGGCUAUAAUGAUCGAGAUAGAGAAAGCAAUGAGCCCAACAUUCAAACCAUUGGAAAAUUCAACUUAUUUGAAUCAGCUCCACGAUAUGGAUUACGUCAUAAUCUCUUAUUUUCGGAUUCAGCCAAAGAUUUUGUCAGAAUUCAAGAAUCCGAUCAAACUUUUUCUGGGUACUUGAAGUCAUCAUUGGAUAUGAUUUAUGCUGUCAGAAGUUGUCCAGUAAACAGAAUGACUCUGUGUGUAACAUCAGAUCCUGAACUUGACAAGUGUACAAAAAUGAAGAUUGCUUUGAAAGCUCAAUUAUUAAAACCAGAGUUGAAUUGUUUGAAAGGGCACAAUCAUAUUCAUUGCAUGCAAUCUAUACAGAAUGGUAAUGCAGAUAUAACUGUGCUAGAUGCAGCAGAUGUUUAUACGGCUGGUUUACGUUACGAACUGGUACCUUUUAUUUCUGAAGUUUACAAUCUUGAGUCACCAUCAUACUAUGUAGUUGCAGUAGCCAAAGAAGAAGAUGAUAACACAGAUUUGACUUACCUAAAAAAUAAAUACACCUGUCAUUCAGGCAUUAAUACUGCAGCUGGUUGGGUCUAUCCAUUAGCUUAUUUGCUAUCAAACGGGUGGAUUCGUGGCUACGGUUGCGAUUCCAUGAAAGCUGCUUCUGAAUGGUUCACUAAAUCAUGCGUUCCAGGGGCUCUUGAACUUUCCUACAACAUAGGCGUUCCUUAUGAUAACUUGUGUGAUUUGUGUCACGGCACUCGAGAUCGUUACUGUCAUCGCGAUGCUUCCGAAGAUUAUUACGGAGAUACCGGUGCAUUCCGAUGUUUGACUGAGGGUGGUGGCGACGUAGCCUUCGUCAAACAUACUACCGUUGCAGAAAAUACUGACGGAAAAAGACGAGAGUGGUGGGCACGUAACACUUUUACCAAAGAUUUCCAGCUGCUCUGUCCUGACGGUACGAGAAAAAGUACUUUGGAAUACGAAACAUGUAAUUUGGGAAGGGUUGCUGCCAAUGCGGUUGUUACCAGAGGUGGUUAUUACGGUUACAACGAAACUCAGAUCAAUGCGUAUUCUAACUUAUUGAUUUACGCGCAACAAUUCUACGGCAGAAAAUACCAAGAUGAAUUCACAUUUGCGAUGUUCUUCAGUCAACCGCCCUACAGUGAUCUCAUUUUUCAAGAUGCCACCACGCAGUUAGCUAUCGUACCAAAAGAAAAACGUGAAUUCAGCGCAUAUGUUGGACAAGACUUUAUGCGUGCUAAGCGUAUCGUUGAUUGUACCGCCGGUGGGUCAACUCUAAUAUCUUCUCUAGUUGGUACCUUAAUGAUGAUUUUCUUAACGACUGUUGUUUUAAGAUAAAACUAAUAUUUAUAUUAUUGCAGCGAGUUAAUAAUUAAAAAACGUGCCUUAUCGCUAUUCACUUGCUGACUUUUAGAGGCAUUUUUAUAAUUUAACGAUUACUUUUUUAUUGUAUUAUCAUACGUAAAAUCUCGUUGCGAUUCUCAUCGUCAUAUAAAAAUUUUUUUUAGUAAAUAUAAAAUAUAAAAUGAUGCUUCGCAAAUUUCCAAAUUCAACUGUAACGACUCCGUCCAAAUACAUGUUCAAUGUAAGUAAAUUUAAUAAUGUGCUUCAUGUUCCAAUGCACAAGUAUUAAAAGCCCAUUUUUGUAAAUACUUAUGAAACAUUCAAGUAAUCUAGUAUGAAUCUCGCUUGCAAAGCAGUUUUUAACAAUGAAUGUCUAGAAAUCCGUCCUUGUUCAAAAUAAGAAAACAUUUUGAACAAAAACAUUUAAUUGUUUAAUACGUAAAUUUAGUACAUUUUAUAUAAAAAAUAUAUAUAAUAAAAUCCGUCCACGUGAAUGAAAA